CCAACUCAGUCGCUGUUUACACACAAGAAAGACCCUAGAGAGCAGCAACUGUCUGUCGAGCUUGCAAUAGCGGCGACUCAAACAGAUCUCCGGAGAGACGAAACGAGGAAGAGUUAGAGUGAAGAAGAUGUCAGGCUGGGAUGAGGGAGCCGUAUACUAUAGCGACCAAGCGCAGUUCCCACACGGCGGUGGUUCCGGCGACUCCAAUCAGGCUACCAAAAGCCGUCAUGUUAUCCUGCAGAAGUUCAAGGAGUUCAUCAGGAACUUCCCUCACAAGAGCCAGCCAAACCUAUUCCCUUAUCGCGAAGCUCUUCUCGAAAACCCCAAGUCUCUCAUCGUCAACCUCUCCGACCUGCUCUCUUAUGAGCGCGACCAAACCCUCCCAGAACUUCUUCGCCAGAAUCCUGCCGAUUAUCUUCCCCUGUUCGAAACUGCAGCAGCUGAAGUUCUAGCAAGUUUGAGAUCUAGGGUAGCUGGAGAAACAGGAGAAAUGGAAGAACCAGAAACCGGGGAAGUGCAAAUAUUGUUGAGAUCUGAGCAGGAUUCGAUCUCAAUUCGGGCCCUCGGGGCACAAUUCAUUUCAAAAUUAGUUAAGAUAUCAGGAAUUGUCAUUGCUGCAUCAAAGACCAAGGCAAAGGCAACUUAUGUCAAUCUGUUAUGUAAGAACUGCAAAAAUGUGAAGGUUGUGCCAUGUCGGCCUGGGCUCGGAGGGGCCAUUGUUCCACGUUCAUGUGAUCACGUGCCUCAGCCUGGUGAAGAGCCAUGUCCAAUUGAUCCAUGGAUAGUGGUUCCAGACAAAAGCAAGUAUGUUGAUCAGCAGACACUUAAACUACAGGAGAACCCAGAGGAUGUCCCCACUGGUGAGUUGCCAAGGAACAUGCUUCUCUCUGUAGAUCGUCAUCUUGUGCAAACUAUUGUGCCGGGCACGAGGCUCUCUAUAAUGGGAAUAUAUAGUAUCUUUCAGGCUUCUAACACAUCCACAUCUCAUAAAGGAGCUGUUGCUAUUAGACAACCAUAUAUAAGGGUAGUUGGAAUGGAGGACACCAGUGAGGCUAAUUCUCGGGGUCCGGCAAACUUUACUACAGAUGAGAUAGAAGAGUUCAAAAAGUUUGCAUCAGACAGUAAUUGCUAUGAAAAUAUAUGCUCCAAGCUUGCGCCUCAAAUAUUUGGGCAUGAUGAUGUCAAGAAGGCUUUAGCCUGUCUUUUGUUUGGAGGCUCAAGAAAGUUCUUGCCAGAUGGUGUUAAGUUAAGAGGAGACAUAAACGUGUUACUGUUAGGAGAUCCGUCUACUGCCAAGUCACAGUUUCUCAAAUUUGUUGAGAAAACUGCUCCAGUGGCAGUAUAUACAUCUGGAAAGGGUUCAUCAGCUGCUGGUCUUACAGCUUCUGUGACUAGAGACAACAGCUCUCGUGAGUUUUACCUAGAAGGAGGAGCCAUGGUCUUGGCCGAUGGGGGUGUUGUCUGUAUUGAUGAGUUUGACAAAAUGAGGGCUGAAGACAGGGUUGCUAUCCAUGAAGCUAUGGAGCAGCAAACUAUCUCUAUUGCCAAAGCAGGAAUAACUACGGUCCUCAAUUCAAGAACAUCAGUGCUUGCUGCAGCUAAUCCUCCAUCAGGACGCUAUGAUGAUCUUAAGACCGCACAAGACAAUAUAGACUUGCAGACGACAAUUCUUUCAAGGUUUGAUAUGAUUUUCAUCGUAAAAGACAUCAGAAUGUACAGUCAAGACAAGACAAUUGCCAAGCAUAUCAUUAAUGUGCAUUCAUCUGCUGGUGCAAGCAUGGGUGACCCAAGAAAUUCUAAAGAGGAUAACUGGUUGAAAAGGUACAUACACUACUGCCGAACAAUAUGUCACCCUAGACUAUCAGAGUCAGCAGCCUCAAUGCUGCAGGAAAGUUAUGUUAGAAUUAGACAGGAUAUGAGGCGACAAGCAAAUGAAAGUGGGGAGGCUGCGGCGAUACCAAUUACUGUGAGGCAACUUGAAGCUAUCGUAAGGCUGAGUGAAGCUCUUGCCAAAAUGAGGCUUUCUCAUGUAGCGAACGAGAACCAUGUCACAGAAGCUAUUAGGCUGUUCAACAAUUCUACAAUGGAUGCUGCAAAAUCUGGAAUCAACCAACACAUAAAUAUGACCCCUGAGAUGGCAAAUGAGAUAAAGCUAGCAGAGAGCCAGAUAAAGAGAAGGAUGGGCAUAGGAAGCCAUAUAUCCGAAAGGAGACUGAUAGAUGAGCUUUCUAGGAUGGGCAUUAGUGACUCUAUUGUAAGAAGAGCGUUGCUGAUCAUGCAUCAAAGAGAGGAGGUUGAAUACAAACGUGAACGUAGAAUCAUAGUCCGCAAAGCUUGAUUUAUGAUCAAUUGGUUGGUUGAUUCACGUGCCCUUUUUCUCAGUUUAAUGUAUAUUAUUAUUUUAGAAUUGAUGAAAUGUAGCCUCCAUCCAUUUGAUUCUGAUGGUUGUGUUCUCAUAGUUUUCCCUACUGGAACGACAUCAUUUGUAAAAUGUUAACUGACAACUGUGGCCGUUUCCAAGUGACCUCUCUUUAUGCUUAUGUAACAUUUUUUAAAUGAUGAUACAGUACUGUACAUGCAAUAUUUGGUUAUUUUAAAGAUGCAAAUUUUGGAUGUUUUGAUCAACCUGAGUUUUAUUUUGACGAUA